CGGAGAGUUGCGGACGCAAACAAGCGAUCUCAGACACCGACUACCAACCACUAACCACAACAACACAAACAUCACAACACAACUCGUGAUCGCUCGCUGUGCUGAGAGUGAACGCGCUCUUCUCCAAGAGACCCUCGACAUGCCGCCGAAGAAGCGCAGCAGCGGGACCCCACAGAAGAAAGAGCUGAAGGGGAGCCUGAAGAGCCGAUCUCCGGACAGCGGCGACAACGCAGUGCUUAGUCCGGAACGACACAAGGACAAGGAUCCUGAGUUUGUGUUUCUCAGCGAGGAGCUCCAGUCCACUAACUCCAUCUGUGAUCAUGCAUGGAGAAUAUGGGAGAGGGAGAUCAGAUCGAUGGACAAGACAAAUAUGCCGUAUUCGAACAGACAGCAGUGGGGAGCUUGUCUUUUUAUUGCUGGCAUGGAGCUUGAAGGCAUCAACCUCACUUUUACGCAGUUCCUGAAAGCAGUUGGUCUGAGUGUGAAGCAGUUCAUCAGUCUUGUGAGGAAGAUGGAUGUAAAUGUAGACACAAUAAGUCCUAAAGUGAACUCUGCUGUGACCCGCCUAGAGAACAAAUACGAUGUGACUUUGGCCCUCUACCAAAGAUUUGUAAAGACUUGUGAGAAAAUCUUUGCAGAGCCUGACAAUGCAAAGAGAAAAGAGCUGUGGGAAAGCAGCUGGACCAUGUUCCUCCUGGCCAAGGGAACAUUUCUGCAGAUGGAAGAUGACCUUGUGAUCUCCUUCCAGUUGCUGCUGUGCGUUCUGGAGUUUUUCGCCAAGCGUUUGAGUCCGUCUCUCCUUCAGUCGCCCUACAAGUCGGUGGUUAGUUCCUCUACCCUGAGUCCUCCGACCAGGACAUCACGCCGUAAUCAGGGCAAAAGCAAACCCCGUCCUGCAGAGAUGGACAUGCAACUGCUGGAGACGCUGUGCAAGGAGGGAGACUGCAGUGUUGAUGAGGUGAAAAACGUGUACCAGAGCACUUUCUGUGCCUUCCUGGACUCUGUGGGUCUUUUAGGUCUCCAAGGGCUUCCUCCAAUGGAAGCGCUUUCCAAGCAAUAUGAAGAGUUGUAUCACAAAAGCAAGGACUUUGAUGCUAGGCUUUUCUUGUCUGACGAUGAGACUCUUUCUCCCAAUAAAAUCGAAGUGUCAAAGGUAGAAGUUACUCCAAGAAAGAAUCUGUUUGCAGAGGACAUUGCAAUUCCAGUUCCUCAAACUCCAAUCAGGGCUGCGAUGACCUCCAUACAGCAGCUCAGGGGUGACCUCACCUCAGGGAGUGACCAGCCUUCUAGCAAUCUGCUGGUCUAUUACAAGAACUGCACUGUUGACCCAUCUGGGGAGAUCAAAAAGAGGGUUGAGGAGCUUGGUGAGGUCUUCAUCCAGAGGUUUGCUCAGGCUGUUGGUCAGCACUGUGAGGGGCUCGGCAGAAAGCGUUUUUAUCUUGGUGCUCAGCUCUACUACAAAGUAAUGGAGUCCAUGCUUAAAUCGGAGGAGAAGAGGUUAUCAGUGCAGAACUUUAGUAAACUUCUCAACAAUGCAGCGUUUCAUACAUCAUUGCUUGCAUGCGCUCUGGAGGUUGUUAUAGCAACCUAUGUUGGGAGCUCCUUAAAGAAUGGAGGUUUUGGCCGUAGUUCAGGGGCCAGCGAUUCCGUUGAAAGCGAUCUGUGCUUUCCUUGGAUUUUGAGUGUCUUCCAGCUGCCUGCUUUCGACUUUUACAAGGUGAUCGAGAGCUUCAUUAAAGCCGAGCCCACCCUGAAACAUGACAUGGUGAAGCACCUGGAGCAGUGCGAACAUGUGAUCAUGGAGAGUCUUGCAUGGAGAGCGGACUCUCCACUGUUUGACCUGCUCAAACAGUCUCGCGAGGAAGGACCCGGUGAACAAGCAGAGCCCCCUGCAACACUCAACCAGCCCCUCCAUCACAACCACACGGCUGCUGAUCUGUAUCUCUCUCCUGUCCGGCCAUGUCGUCAACCCCCUGUAAUGGAGGCCGAGCCCCCCACACCAGGCACCAGAGCCCCCCGUUCAAACUCACUGAGCCUUUUCUACAAGAAAUUGUACAGGAUGGCCUACCUGCGACUGAAGAUGCUGUUCUCCAAUCUGCUGACCUCACAUCCAGAAAUGGAGCCAAUAAUAUGGACUCUGCUUCAGCACACCCUCCAGAACGAGUAUGAAUUAAUGCGGGACAGACACUUAGAUCAGUUGAUCAUGUCAGCCAUGUAUGCCAUAUGCAAGGUGAAAAACGUGGAUUUGCGCUUCAAAACUAUUGUGACUGCUUACAAAGAGCUGCCAAAUACUAAUCAAGAGACAUUCAAGCGUGUGCUGAUCAGAGAGGGUCAAUACGACUCCAUCAUCGUCUUCUACAACCUGGUGUUCAUGCAGAAGCUGAAGACUAACAUUCUCCAGUAUUCCUCUCCUCGGCCACCGCCUCUGUCUCCCAUUCCCCACAUCCCCUGCAGCCCCUAUAAAAACUCUCCCCUUCGGGUUCCUGGCAGCAAUAAUGUUUACGUGUCUCCUCUGAAAAGCAGCCGUGUGUCUCCUCUGGUCAUGACCCCGCGGAGCAGAAUUCUUAUAUCCAUUGGCGAAUCCUUUGGGUCGGCAGACAAAUUUCAGAAGAUCAAUCAGAUGGUGAGCAGCUCUGACUGGUCACUCAAGAGGAGUCUGGAUGGAGGCUCCGCCCCCAAACCCCUGAAGAGGCUGCGCUUUGACAUGGACGGACAAGAUGAAGCAGACGGAAGCAAAUCCAGUGGCGAGUCAGCACUGAUCCAGAAGCUGGCUGAGAUGAGCUCGACACGUUCUCGAAUGCAGGAACAGAAACUGAAAGAGGAGUCUGAUAAAGAUCAUCCAGAGCCCUAAAUAAAUCCACACUGUACUGCUGAGGAAAACCACUCCACCAUCAAGCGGAAAGCCUGACGUCCCCUGGUGUUUUAUGUUACUACGUUUUAAACUCUUCCAUUUUUUUUUUGUAUUUAAAUGGUGCACUGCAUUUCCUGAAACAGCACAGAUGCUUUCCCUGCGUUGUUUCAUUUUAGUUUGUUUUAAGCAUGCGUGGAUCCAUGAAGGAUGUUUAGGAGUUGACGUGAAACAUACCUCUAAAUUCAUCUACAAUAGUUUGCAAAUGUGCCGGGUUCAGUGUGUCAUGGAUAUUUAUUGUUUUGUUUCUUUUAGAGCAACUUUUCCUCAUUUCAGUACAGGAAAACCGGGUUUGAGAUCAAUUUGAAUCAUGUAUUUAGUAGAUUUGAACCCUGUCUUUGUGGCCUUCUCGAAGCGUGUCACUAUUUUAUGUGAUAAAAGGAUUUUAUUUAGAAUUUGUAUUAUAUAAAUUUGUUGGUGUUUAAGCAUUACUGGGUUUUAGAAUAUGAUUGUUAUGAAUAUGUCUGACUUAUUACGUUCUUCCUGGGCAGCGCUGCCGUUUUUUGGACUUGUUUUAGACUUUUUGUUACUAAUAUUCCUGAAAAAAUUAUGUUGUACAUCAAAUGUUCUUUUUUUUUUUUUUUGACAAAUUAUGUAUUUCUCCAAAAGUUUAACAACUGACAUGUUUGAA